UCUGACUAAGAUCUUCCUGCGAAGAGUUUCCGUAUUUUUAUCUUUUUUGGCGCGUAUUCUUGAUUUUCCAGGAUGUUUUCGUCAAGUGUUCAUUCAUUGGGUGAACAGUCUACUUGGGAUUCUAAUAAUGUGCGUCAACUUUUGAAAAUUCCUGAUGAUCAAUUAAAAGUAAUAAAUAAUUUACCAGAAUGGUCUACAAACGAGACACAAAGUAAUCCUACAGAUAAUGCUGAGCAAAGACUUGAAUCAAAUAAAUGUCAAUCAUGCCCAUUAAUAUUACAAGAGGAAAGUUCCAGUGCAUUAGAUAAACCACAGGACAAGGCAGCAAAUUAUGAAAAGCCAAACAUUCAAAAUUCUAAUAGUCGGAUAGCUCCUGAGCUAAGGCAACUGCCAGAUUCAGAUCCAAGCUUAGGAACUUCGUCAGUUUCCAGUCCUACCUGUACUGCAACUCAAGUGAUAUCAAAUGGUCUGCCAUGUAAACAAAAAGUGGCUGAAAAGGAUAGCAAUGCAUGUGAACAUAAUUCAAAUAAUUUUGAAAAUACUAAGCAUUUAAAAAGUGUUGAAGAAGAUGAAAUACACAGUACAGAGAAAAAUGUAAGCUUAGAAGAUCAGACAGCAGCAUCUGUUAAUAUUAUGAAAGAUCACAUUGUUAAUUCUCAAGACAAUACAAAUGUGAUGAUUAUAUCAGAAAAUAAUAUCAAUUCAUCAAACGAUGAACAAGGUUCUGAAGCUUAUUUAAAAUUAAAUGAUAAAUGUGGAGCACUUAUAGAUGCAGAAGUUAUUAGUCUAAGUGAUAACUUAAAUGAAAGUAGUAACUCUCAGCCUAUUCCAUGUGGUCAACCUGUUAAGAGUUCUAACCAGUCUCAAUUAGAAAAUAAACCUACUGCUGAAAAAAAUGCAAGUUCUCAAAAUAUUUCAAAUUUGGAGAUGCAAAUUAAAGUUUGUACUGAACCAUCACAGGAUUACGUUUCACAUUCUCAUAAAAUUACUAGUCCUCGUUCAUUAUCAGAAUGUUCUGUGAAAAAGAAAGACCAAUAUUUGCCAGUUGAACGAGGUAUAAGUCUGAACAAAAAUUUAGAUGAAAGUAGUAAUACUCAGCCCAUUCCAUGUGGACAACCUAUUAUCAUUUCUAACCAGCCUCAGUUAAAAAAUGAACUAACCACUAUAAAAAAUGCAAGUUCUGAAAAUGUUUCAAUUUCAGACACACAAAUUAAAGCUAAUGUAGGAGUGUCACAAAACUGUAUUUUGCAUUCUGAUAAAAUUAAUAAUUCUUUCAUGUUAUCUGAAUGUUCUGAUAAAAGUGGAGAUCAAAAUUUGGAAGCCAAACAGAAGAGAUUGGGAAGAAAACGUAAAAUGCCUCAUGAUAAGGAAAGUAAAGAUCCUCAAUCUAAAAUUGCUAAAAAGCUUGAUAUUCAUUUUACACCUGAUCAAGUUAGGAAUAUAAUUGAUGUAAUGAAGUUGUUUUUUUCUCAGUGAAUUGUGGACAUUAAUAUGAGUAUCAUUAUACAUUGUGAAAUAUAAAUGCUUUGCUUUAAACUCAAAUUUUGAAUUUUUGUUUUGAUCAAAAUAGAAAUAGUUUGGUUUAAAAUGUUAGUUAUUAUGUAUGAAAAUACCAUUGUUCUGUAAUAUUGUAAAUGUUCUAAAAUAAGGACCACUUGAUUGUGAAUAUUUUGUAAUCUAAAUUAAAGUCAGUUUGCUCUUGUAACUGAUUUAUCCAAUUAUUGGUUUGCUGAAUAGAACAAAUUUUGAUAAAUGCA